UUGGAGUGGCAUGUGAGUUACAUAGUUUGGUGUAUGAAUGCAUUAUAUAUACAAAACCCUCUCACGUUCUUCUCUUGAAUCCGAUCCGCACGUUUCACUCUUCUAUUCACACCCGCCGUGUCCAAUUUGUUCUCUUCUAAUCUCUUUCCAUCCAAUUUAUUAUCUUCCCCAAUUAGGCUACGCAAAAGAAGAGAGAGCUAGCGUGCAUCAGAAUCUUAAUUUGAGUUUUAAAUCUUGAAUAUGGAAAAGAAGGUUCUUGAUCUCGUUCUCGUUCCGUGUGGUCUCCUUGCAAUGGUAGCAUACCAUUUAUGGCUUCUUCAGAAAGUUGUGAGGCAACCCACCAAAACCAUAAUUGGUGUCAAUGCAUUCAAUCGCCGUUUAUGGGUUCAAGCUAUGAUGGAGGAUGGGACGAAGAAUGGGGUUCUUGCAGUGCAAUCUUUAAGGAACAACAUAAUGGCGUCAACACUUUUGGCCUCCACCGCCAUAAUGCUUUCUUCGCUAAUCGCCGUCUUAAUGACCAGCGGCGGAGUCUUAAUGACCAGCAGCGGAGGAGCAGCCGGCCUUGACGGCAGCUACCACGGCGGCGGCUUCAACGGCAGAAAUCCAGCAACCAUGACGGUUAUCUCUGAGGUUUUUGGUGAUAGAAGUGAAUUAUGCCUCUCCUUAAAGUUCUUCUCAAUAUUGGUAUGUUUCUUGCUUGCAUUCUUGCUCAACGUUCAAUCCAUAAGGUACUAUAGCCAUGCAAGCAUCCUCAUCAACGUCCCAUUCAAGAAACUAUCCACCAGCCUUCGCCACCAGAUGCUCACGGCGGAGUAUGUUGCCACCACCGUCAACCGGGGGAGCUACUUCUGGUCCCUCGGCUUGCGCGCCUUCUACUUCUCUUUCCCUCUCUUCAUGUGGAUCUUUGGACCUAUUCCCAUGUUUGUUUCAACUUUUGUUCUCAUUUUCAUUCUGUAUUUCUUGGAUUUUACCUUUGAGUGUGGAUGGACAGGGAUAUCUGAUCAUUCUUGUGAUGAUGUUGAAAAUGGUGAUAUAGAAAUUGGAAAGCCUAACUAGGGAACCCAGUUUCUAUCAAGGUGUUUACAUGUUACAUUACAAAUUAAAGUUUUACUUAGUUCA